GGUAUGGCGACAAUCCGCAUGAUAGAUAUAGCCGUUAACUUCACAGAUGGAAUGUUCAAAGGCCUCUACAAUGGGAAGCAGUGCCACGUCUCCGAUAUCGCAACCGUUCUCAGCCGCGCUUGGGCCGCCGGCGUCGACCGCAUCAUCGUGACUGGUGGAUCACUUGAGGAAUCAAAGGAAGCUCUCACAAUUGCUCAAACUGAUGCAAGGCUUUUUUGUACUGUGGGUGUGCACCCAACUAGAUGCAAGGAAUUUGAUGAGAGCGGGGAUCCAGAGAAGCAUUUCCAGGCGCUUUUUUCGUUGGCCAAAGAGGGAAUACAGAAAGGGAAGGUGGUUGCAAUUGGUGAGUGUGGACUGGACUAUGACAGGGUUCAGUUUUGCCCUCCGGAGAUUCAAAAGAAGUAUUUUGAGAAGCAGUUUGAAUUGGCACAUGCCACUAAGCUGCCCAUGUUUCUGCAUAUGCGUGCAGCUGCUCAAGAUUUCUGUGAAAUUGUAGAAAGAAACAGGGGCAGAUUCACUGCUGGGGUGGCCCAUUCAUUUACUGGUAGUGCAGAUGAUUGUGAUAAACUUCUUUCCAUCAACAACAUGUAUAUAGGUGUGAAUGGUUGUUCUUUGAAGACAACCGAGAAUCUUGAUGUUGUAAGAGGCAUUCCUAUUGAGAGAAUGAUGAUUGAAACAGAUUCUCCAUAUUGUGGAAUCAAGAACAGUCAUGCUGGGAUUAAGUUUGUGAAGUCCACAUGGCCUUCUAAGAAGAAAGAGAAGUAUGAUCAAGAGUGCAUUGUUAAAGAUCGCAAUGAACCUUGCUUGGUGCGGCAAGUUCUUGAGGUGAUAGCUGGUUGUAAAGGAAUCAGUGAUGUAAGUCAGCUGAGCAGGACAUUAUACCAGAACACUUGCAGGGUUUUCUUUCCUCAAGACUUAGAUUCUGCAGCAGAUUCUUUACUUGCUGGGCACGACCCUCAGUGAUGCAACUAAGGUUCCUUCUUGCCGAAGCCCAAAGGUCAUUCAGUUCCUUUUUUGCAGUCGUAAUAUUCAUGUGUGAUCUUUC